CAGAUUCGCCAGUGAGUUCCAUAACGUCACGUCAAAAAGUGCAACAAAUAUUUCUACCACCGUUUACUAUGUAAAGAUAAUGUAGGUAUAGUUUAUUCAAACAAGGCCUUUAGGGUAUAAUUAUAUUUAAUGUCAGUGAAUGAGUUGGAUGAUUGUUAUUGGUGGUGCGAUUAUUGGACCAAGAGGUAUUGAGACAAUUGGAGUAUAGCAAACAGCACACAAAAUGACAAUUGCUGCAAGAGGCCAAGGAGUAGGCAUAGACCCUCCUGACAGCCAGCAAAGUACACAGAUGCACAGUCCACCGGGUCCUCAACAAUUAGCUGACACAAUGUCAGGACUUCAACUCACGGAGAAUGUGGUACAAACAGAAUGCACCAAUGAUACCUUAACUUCAGUAGAGGAUAGUAAUCAACUUCAGGGGGAGCCUGACUUUCCCAUCGCGAAACUCAAUAUUCUUCAUGAAAAAAUAUCUAGUCCACGUUGGAUUGUACCAGUUCUGCCAGAACAAGAGUUAGAGUGCCUGUUACAAGCCAGUAUUGAUCUUUGUAAAAAAGGAAUUGAUGUACAAAGCGAAGCGUGUCAGCGCUUUUUUCGAGAAGGACUCACAAUUUCUUUUACCAAAAUAUUGACUGAUGAUGCAGUAGGUGGUUGGAAGUUAAAUAUUCAAUGUUGUAUUAACGCGAACUGCGAACGGUUGGUGGAACUAUGUGUCCUGAAACUGGAUGAGGACUGGUUUCCUCUUCUCGAGUUGCUGGCAAUGGUUUUUAAUCCUAGUAAUAAAUUUCACACAUUUAAUGCUGCCAGGGUUUCACAAACUGUUCCUCCUGGUAGCGAUAUUCCUGAUGAAGAACUUUAUGCACGGCCACCCGUUGAUUCAAGAAGUACUCGUGGUUGGUUGGUGGAUCUCAUAAAUAGGUUUGGAAAUCUUAACGGAUUCGAGAUAUUGCUCUCUAGAUUUCAGAGCGGCCGAAAUUUAACAAUACCAGUUAUUCAUGCAUUAAUCCGACCCUUCGGUUUAUGUUAUGAACUACUUACUGUUGACACAAUAGUUAAAUAUUUAAUGCCUAUCGUGGAAAUGGUGCCUGUAAUAUUGAAUAAUUUGACUGACGAAGAAUUAAAGAAAGAAGCGAAGAACGAAUCAAAAAAUGAUGCGAUAUCAUCCAUAAUCAAAUCCGCCAAGUGUCUAGUGUCGCGGGUGCCGUUGCAGGACGAGAUGAUUAAAAACUUGGAAAUUCUGAGACUGAAGAUGAUAUUGAGACUCUUACAAAUUUCUUCGUUCAACGGAAAGAUGAAUGCUUUAAAUGAAGUGAACAAAGUAAUUACCACUGUUAGUUUCUAUCAGCAUCGUAACGCGAUUGUCGAAGAGGACGAGUGGCUUACUGCGGAACGUAUGGCUAAAUGGAUAAAAGAGAACGGUGUGUUAGAAAUCGUGUUAAGAGAUUCGUUACAUCAACCUCAGUACGUUGAAAAGUUGGAAAAGAUUUUACGCUUUAUUAUAAAAGAACGAGCCUUGACUUUAGAUGAUUUGGACGCUGUUUGGGCGGCUCAGGCAGAGAAACACGAGGCAAUCGAGAAAAAUGUUCACGAUUUACUAGCCAAACUCGCUUGGGAUUUUAGCCCUGAACAACUCGAUCAUUUGUUCGAAUGUUUUCAGAUGAGCUGGAAGACUGCGAAUAAGAAACAAAGAGAAAAGUUAUUAGAAUUAAUCAGGAGAUUAGCAGAAGAUGAUAAGGACGGAGUAAUGGCGCAUAAGGUUUUAACUCUGUUUUGGAAUUUGGCUCAUUCCGACGAGGUGCCUACAGAGAUCAUGGAUCAAGCGUUAACUGCUCACGUGAAGAUUCUCGAUUACUCGUGCUCACAAGAGAGGGACGCUCAAAAGACAAUUUGGCUGGACAAGUGCGUGGAAGAAUUGAAGAACGGCGAUAAGUGGGUGUUACCGGCUUUAAAACAAUUCCGAGAAAUAUGUUGCCUUUACGAACCAAAUCCUAGCAUAGGUCACGGUCAACGGGGUCAUCAUUAUAGGCAAGAUGUCAUACAACGACUUCAAACAGAACAUACGAUAGUAAUACUCGUGGCAAACAGUUUAACGAACUAUAUGAGCAAAACGCGGCAAUUAGUCAAAGAGAAUCCGGACAUUGAUCCGAACACUUACAUGUCCGACGGUCGAUACAAUCACAUUAUGCAAGUGCAGGAAAGGCUUAAUUUCCUACGUUUCUUAUUGAAAGACGGUCAAUUAUGGUUAUGCGAGGAUCAAGCUGUACAGAUCUGGCAAUGCUUGGCAGAACAGGGCGUGUUUGUAUCAGACCGAGAAGCUUGCUUCAAAUGGUUCUCGAAAUUAAUGGGCGACGAACCAGACCUCGAUCCGGCAAUAAACAAAGAUUUCUUCCAAAACAAUAUAUUACAACUGGAUCCAACGUUGCUCACGGAAAGUGGUAUCAAGUGUUACGAGCGAUUCUUCAAAGCCGUUAAUUCGAAAGAAGGGAAAUUGAAAUUGAAGAGAAGAACGUUUUUUAUGGAUGACGUUGACCUAAUCGGUACAGAUUAUUUAUGGAGAGUAGUGACUAAUAGUCCCGAAGAGAUUGCGAAUCGAGCCAUAGAACUUUUAAAGGAAGUCAACACUAAUUUAGGACCACGACUUCACUCGUCGGUUCUGGCGUUUCAUGUAACGUACAUAGGGGAAUGCAUGGACAGAUUGAAAGCACAUUACGACACCGUCUCGGUUUUGAGUAAAGUCUACCUCGAGGGAAAAGAGGAACGGGAAGAACAAAUGUCGAAUAAGAUUAAAAUGGAGGCUAUGAAAAUGUGUCGUGUGAUGAAGGUGUUGCAAGAGUAUAUAAACGAGUGUGAUUCGGCGUUUCCCUUGGAGCGGAGAAUAUUACCAUUGCAUAGAGCAGUUCGUGGGAAGCAUCUGUCUCUUAUCAUUCGUUUUGCAAAUCCUGGUCUUAAUGUAGAUGACAUAGAUAUAUUCACGCAUAGUAACGACACAUUGGGAUCACUGAGACGACAAAUAUUGCGCAGGAUUAAAGCGAACGGCUCGAACGUGAAGCUCGACUUAUUUCUUAAUGGAGAGUCCUUGGAUCCAGCAGAUGACAGGAAGCUACUUUCUCAAACUCCGUUGAGAGAUAAAAUGUUGUUAUCUGCAAAAUUAAGUCAAGUAAACAGCAACAUGCCAAGCUCACCGGAUAGUAGUUCCGAUAGUUCUACUAGUUCUUCCCAUCAACCGUACGAUGGGUCAAACGUAGAGGCAGAAAAUAGCUUACCGGGUGUGGUCAUAUCGCAAAGAUCGCAGUAUGCUACGUUUUUCUUUCAAUUGGCCGAUCUGGGAUGUACACUUCAACACGCGCAGUUACGCGAUGGCGCACGAAACCUUUUGCAAUUGGUGCCACCGGAUACCCUUACUGUGUCACGGUUGCAGUGGCUAUUCGGUGACUGUAAAAAGGACGAUAAUGUAGAUACUGCUCUUUGUAAUGAACAAAACACUACAGUAGAUUCUUUAUUUUUUACUGCAAGUCCUAGCCAAGUUUUAUACAAUUUAGAGGUUUUAUAUAGUCUGUUAAUGCCGGCUCUGGAUCCAAUGUCCGAGAGAGCGUUUGAGUUUCAGUGCAAUUUCAUCAAGAGCGGUGAAGCCGAAGUGAUUCUGGAGAUGUUAACGAAAAACAAGUUCUUACCAAACGCCGACGAGACUACCAAACGGGCAGCCUAUCUGACCGUGUUAAAGUUAUGUAAACUGUUGCUGACCGUGGUGGGCAACGUCAUGGCCUGUGUGCUGGACGAAGUGCAAGCGGGGAUAUCGGAAAACCAAGAGAAUCACGUUCAAAGUAAUUGGACCCCGAUGGCGGUGUUGAAGCAAGCGUUGCAGAGCGUACCGAAUCAGAACACGGAGUGCAUGUUGCGUAGCAUAGCGGCGAAAUUGGCGCAACAUUUAGCGCGUUUUGUGCUGUGCGGACGAACCGAAUCCGACACGUGUAUGCAGCUCUAUAUGCAAACCUUGUCGUGGGAGCUACCGAUAAUGGAUGUAGCGACCAUUCGUGCCAUAAUUAGGCUAGCAUGGGCGGCCUCCACGGGCAGCCUGAAUAACAUAAACGCUUCUGUCGAGAUGCUUCACAAGCUACACGAAACGAACGAUAAGGAGCCGUUGAAUAAUCCCGACAACAACGACGUGUUGGUCUGCAAAGAGGCAUUGGAAGUACUAACGAUCGCGUUGGUACUAAACCAGAGCGCAUUGGCGUCAUUGCCCAGGGACAAAAUGUGGCACACGUUUCUGAUCGACCUUGUACUGCUGAGCCCUUCGAGAAUGAUCCGAAUGACAUCCGCCGAACAGUUUUUUCUAAUAUCGACAUGGUACAGCCUCGAUCAUCAGUAUUCGGUGUUCGCCAUCACGCUGCUCUUCAGUGUUUUAGACACCACCGUUAUGGAGCACGCGAAACAAAGCCACGAGUACUUCCAAUUGUUGUGCAGAUUGUUGAAUUUCGCGCAUAUGUCGGAAUGCCCGCUUGUAACAGCCGAGGGAUUGCUAAACCUUGAGAUAGCUUGGUUGAAACAGGUACGGGACUGUGUGAAAGAGAUCGGAGAGAGCCAAGUGGAGGAGGCUGUUCUCGAGGGUCAUCUCAGUCUAACGAAAGAAUUGUUGGCGUUUCUGCCGGCCAGUAAGAAGUUCGAGCUCGGCUCCGACGAGGAGCACGGAGCGAAUCUGGUCAAAGAACUGGUCGAGGAUUUUGUAUUUCCCGCGUCACGUCUGAUGCUUCAACUUCGUAGCACGGGCGAAUUAAGUGCCUCGCAAGCGAGCCCAGUAUGCACGACCCCGCAGUCGACCAGCGCGGCGUUUGAUUUACUUGUAGGUCUUUGUAUAGGCUGUGUACCCAACAUGAAACUUCUAGUCACAAUGCUCACUGACAUGUUCUACUCGGAGAGAGACGAACCGCUAUCAGAAUGGGAUUACCUGCCGCCGGUCGGACUCAGGCCGUUGAAGGGGUUCGUGGGCUUGAAGAACGCGGGCGCGACUUGCUACAUGAACUCAGUAUUACAACAAUUGUACAUGGUCGAAAGUAUAAGGGUCGGUCUGCUCGCCGCGGAGGGCGCGGCGACGGACUUGAACGAGGACUUCUCCGGCGAGGAACGAAUCGAGGGAGAGCAAACAAUCGAGACGAACGACAACGAUACGAACGAGGAGAAAUGCGGAGCUGACGAAUCCCGGAAGGAAUAUAAUAUCGGGAUCUUGAAACAAGUACAAGCGAUCUUCGGCCAUCUGGCUUACAGCAAACUGCAAUAUUACAUACCUAGAGGCCUCUGGAAGCACUUCAAGCUUCAAGGUGAACCUGUAAAUCUUAGGGAACAACAAGACGCAGUAGAGUUUUUCAUGAGCCUAGUGGAAAGCUUAGACGAGGCACUCAAAGCUUUAGGACACGGACAAAUAAUGAGCAGGAUUCUUGGUGGUUCAUAUAGUGACCAGAAAAUCUGCAAAGGUUGCCCUCAUAGAUAUUCCAAGGAGGAGCCGUUCAGUUUGAUAAGCGUGGAUAUCAGAAAUCACAGUAACUUAUUGGACUCCCUCGAACAGUACGUGAAAGGAGAAUUACUGGAAGGCGCAGACGCUUAUCACUGUGACAAGUGUAAUAAAAAGGUUGUUACCGUGAAAAGGUUAUGCGUGAAGAAGUUACCACCAGUGUUAGCGAUUCAGUUGAAAAGAUUUGAAUAUGACUUCGAAAGGGAUUGCGCCAUCAAGUUCAACGAUUACUUCGAAUUUCCAAGAGACUUGGACAUGGAACCUUACACUGUUUCCGGACUGGCUAAAGUGGAGGGAGAAGUAAUAGACUGUGAUUAUGAGGAGUCGAUGAAAGCAACUUGUACUAAAUACCAACUGACCGGCAUUGUAGUGCACAGCGGUCAGGCUAGCGGUGGCCAUUACUAUUCUUAUAUUUUACACAGACAAAACGAUGGUGUCGCGAAGUGGUAUAAAUUCGACGACGGUGACGUCACGGAAUGUAAAAUGGAGGAAGAGGAAGAAAUGAAAUCUCAGUGCUUCGGCGGUGACUACUUGGGAGAGGUGUUUGACCAUAUGCUCAAACGUAUGAGUUACAGGAAACAGAAACGAUGGUGGAACGCCUAUAUGUUAUUUUACACCAGACUAGACGUAGAGGAAAAUUCUUUAAUGAAAAGUGUUAACGAACUAUCAUUGUAUACGAAACUAGGAGUUAUGAAAAUGCCCCCGGCCAUUGAAUAUAGCGUCAGGAAGCAAAAUAUAAAGUUUAUGCAUAAUCGGAAUCAGUUUAGCGCAGAGUAUUUUCAAUUUAUUAAGAAACUUGUGUCCUGUAAUCCUCAUAAUAUCAAUAGACAACAUAUGAACGAAAAACUUAGUCCUGAACAGGAAGAACUUGCGAUGUUGUCUGUUCAAUUAGCAUCGAGAUUCCUGUUUUAUACAGGUUUCCAUACCAAAAAGACGUUGCGCGGCAAUGCUACGGAUUGGUACGACAUCGUGUGCCAUCAUCUGCGCAGUAGUAAAUCCGUACGAUCCUGGUUCGCUCACAAUGUACUAUUCAAUCACCCGCAUAGAUUUUGCGAGUACCUUUUGAGCUGUCCCAGUUCAGAGGUUCGAACAGCUUUUCUCAAAAUUUUGGUAUUUCUUGCACACGUUUCCCUUCAGGAUGGCCCAUGCGUGCCACCUAGCUUAAACGCACCAACCAUACUUUUGGACCCAACGGCGACGCUCAGUGAUCACUUAUUACACGCUGUUCUUUCUUUACUUCAUCGAGAAAUUUCUGAUCACGGGCGUCAUCUGCCACAUUACUUUUCUCUGUUCUAUACAUACGCGUCACUUGGUCUAGCUGAAAAGGCUCAGUUGCUUAAGUUGAAUGUCCCAGUUACGUUUAUGUUGGUCGCAAACGACGAAGGUCCCGGCCCCACAAUCAAAUAUCAAUACCCAGAACUAACGAAAUUGCACCAAGUAGUCAGUAUGCUGAUACGUUGCUGUGACGUAUCCUCAAAAGCACUCUCGAGUCACGCACAGUCUGGCGAGGCGCCUCUACCGAAUCCGCACGGUGAUCCAGCGUGUCAGAAUGAAUACGUGAUGAUUAUUCAACCGCAGGCAGCAGAUAUACUUUUUGUCAAGAACAGUUACAUGAAGAAGCUGAUCGAAGACGCCGACGUAAACGUCACCGAGGAUACGGUGAAAUUACUUCAAUAUUGUUGUUGGGAAAAUCCACACUUGUCGCGGACAGUGCUCAGCGAACUAUUGUGGCAAAUCGGAUUUUCGUUUACACACGAGCUGAAACAUCACACGGAUCUGUUGCUGGCCAUGCUUCUUAUGGAGGAUUCAUGGCAGACGCAUCGCGUUCACAAUGCGCUCAAAGGUGUACCAGAUGAAAGGGAAGGUUUAUUCGAGAUAAUACUGAGAAGCAAACACCAUUACCAAAAGAGAGCCUAUCAGUGCAUUAAAUGUAUGGUGCACCUUUUCAGUAAGUGUAGACCAGCGCAUCAGCUGUUACAUCACAGUCCCGAGCUAAAGAGGAAGUGGAUACAUGCUAUUGACUGGCUGCACGAAGAACUCGAAAAGAGACCGUACGCAUCUGCGGCCCCGUACACUCAUGCGUUCAGUAACUGGUCUCCGCCCGCACAAUCCAACGAUUCUACGAACGGUUACGUUCUGGAGCGUAGCAACAGUGCGCGAAAAACUCUGGAGAGAGCCUGCGAACUUUGUCCCGACGUCGAACAAGAGGUGGAGGACGCGAGCGAGGAUUGCGCAGAAGAAGCCGACAAGUAUCAGGCACAGAAUAGGGAUGCACUACGGCCAGAGCGCAAUCUACCAAUUGCGUCUUUCCAUUCACAAAGGGCAUUUCGGCGUGCAAUGCGAACCAUAGAACCGCAGCCCGGACCGUCUCCAGUUCACGCUCCUUUUUUAGCCUACCAGUUGCAUAGUCCAGAGAACUGUGAGUCAUCGCAAAACACCAGCCGGGAUCCAUAAUGAACCCUAACCGCGGACGUUCCGGCCAAGUUGCUGUCCCGGUGAAACGGUAUUAAGCCGCGUCGAUGUAACUGCGCCGGCAGCUUGGCGCCGAACGAUAGAGGCACCUGUACAGAUCUAAACUAAACGCAAAAAAAAAAAAACAAGCAAAAACAAAAACGGAGAAUCCGUUCGUUUUCUCCGCGGAAAAACUGGUACUCUCUCGCGAAUAUUCACGCAUUUUGCAAUUCUGUCGAGUCCUUUUAUACCCCUGUUGUGUGGGGGGCGGUUCACGAUUCUCAGUUAGAAACGGACGACACACACCACGAUGCGUGGGAGGUUGCCAGCCACGUUUUUGCGGCGUCGAAAAGAAAAACAAAACGAAAAAAAAAACAAAAUGCAAAAAAAGAGAGAACGACGAUAGAGAAACCAGAGAGAGAGAACGCCAGGUGAAUAUACGAUUAAAAGAAACAGAAUUUCUAUGUAUUGGUUGAGAGGCAACCCAGUGGUGUGUCCUCGUCUAUGGUUUUUUUUUCUUUCUUACGCUUAAAACACGUUCCGCGCAAUUCUUCGUUCCCGUGCGUCCACGAUCGGUGGUUCUCGGGCACAGACGACGUUUACACCGUACUUCUUUGCAUGGGAUGAAAUCGGCCGGAUAUAUACGGGGGGCGUUGACUAGAAACGAGAGAGGGGGGGAACAACGAGAACAGGAAAGGGAGAACACGAUUUCGGGAGU